UCCCAGAUCAUGGAAGCCACCCAGAUUAUUAAAUGGGAAGAUGAAGAAGAGGAGGAAACAGAGGGACCCAGUGAACCCUUAGGGUGUAACUUGGAACCUGUAGGGCGACUGCAUUUCUUCAGUAGUCCCCAUGCACCAGAAAAAGAUUUCUCACUCUACCUGGGGAAGAAUGUGGUGGGUCGAAUGCCUGAUUGCUCUGUGGUUCUGCCCUUUGCAUCCAUCUCCAAACAACAUGCAGUGAUUGAAAUCUUGGCCUGGGACAAAGCACCUAUCCUCCGAGAUUGUGGGAGCCUUAAUGGUACACAGAUUCUGAGGCCUCCAAAAGUCCUGAAACAAGGAAUGAGUCAUCGCCUGAGGGACCUGGAGUUAAUUCUGUUUGGUGAUUUACCCUGCCAGUAUUAUCGCCUGAAUGCCCCCAAGCCUUUUGUUUCCAGAGGCCCUCUAACUGUAGAGGAGACACCGAGAGUUAAGGGAGAAACUCAAAAGGGGAUCCUGUUGGUUGAGGACUCAGAGGAGGAAGUAGAACCUACUAUUGAAGAACCAAAACACACAUCUUCCUCUUUGACAUCAAUAGUUCCAGAGAGUGAUGAAGAGGGUGGGAUACCUACCUCACCUAUUGUCUUCAAAUUGGACAGUGACACAGAUGAAGAAGAAAUUCAGUCACCAGUUUUAGCAGCAAACUUCUUUAAUUCCAGAAGAGGUGCCACUACAGAAACAGAACAGCCUAAAGCUGAUGGAGCUGCAGCUGAGUUCCAGAUUGCAAAGAAUCUGUGUGCAGUGAAGGAAAAAGGCCAUGACAGCAAAGUUAAUAGGGAUGCAAAAAAAGAGGCAAUUGCAGAAGGGAUGAACCUGGAAAAUAUCAAAGUUGUCAGUGAGGACAGUGACACAGAUGUAGAUGAUGAGAGCAUAUCCACAAGUCAGCUUGCUGGAAUCCAUAUAGAAAUAACACAGCCUUUUGACUUCAGUGACAAUGAUACUGAUGUAGAAGAAGAGAUACCUGCAACCCCUGCUAUAGUUCCUGUGAAGAAGAGGCCAGUCAUCCGUGGAAUUGGCACGAAGGGCCCUGGGUUACCUGACGUGACACAUCAGCAGGAGAAUCUGACAGAUGUGGAAGAAAGUAAGGCCCCACUGUUGGCUCUUUUGGAGAGAAAUCAAGGCUUCAUGGCAAUUGACAGCAAGAAGGAUGAAAAGGAAGAAAUCUCAACAGCUCUCACUCUUGCACCUCUAAAAGAAAGCCUCGCCAUUACCUGCAACAUAGAAGGGAACAGAGCACAACCUGUGGGUCUUCUGAAACAGAACCAAACCUCCACUAUGAGAAACAGUGACACAGACAUGAAGGAGCAGGGAUUCCCUGUAGAAAAGCAAGGGAGAACUGUCUCUGAGGAUCACCCAGACAAGGCAUAUCUAGAAAAGAGCCAACCUCCUCUUGGGAACAGUGAUAAAGGGAUAGGUAACAAUUUACCUGUGGUCUUCUUGGAGAGAAGCCAAGCCUCUGCUACAGGGGUCAUCAACAAACAAGUAGAGGAAAAGCAGCCUAUACCUGUGAUAUCGACAAAUCAAAGAGAUGUGGAAGAAGGGGAUCCAAGAAAACUUUUUGUAGCAGCCCAGCCUCCUCCAGCUAAAGCCUGUGAAACAGACGUGGAAGAGGGCACAUCCUUACCAUCCUCAGCAGUGGCAGAUGCAAGCAAGAGCCAAGUUGGCACAGAGGGGAGUAUGGCCACUCUUGAGCAAAAGAGAACACUUGAGGCAGGAGUUCUGGGUGGGUUACCCAUUAUACAAGUGGAGCAGGACCAUCGCCCUUUCUCAAAGGAGAACCCAACAGAUCUGGUGGUGAACAUAGGUAUUCCAUGGGAAGAAUCCACUCAGAGCUUCCUAGUAAAGGAGGAAAAGCAUGAUGUCAGCAGAACCAAGGACUCAGGAGAUAACCAUGAUGCUUUACCAAAUUCUGAAGAUUUAGACUUGCAAGCCACCCAAUGCUUUGUGAAGAAAGAAACUGAGAGCCCGGAAGUAGUCCAUCGUGUGGAGGAUGAAUCCACUCAAGCCUUCCUGUUGCACCUACCCAAGGAACCUGGACCUUCCUUGCAGGUCCAAGAUUCCCUGGACAAUUCAUGGGAUGUCUUGGCUACUCAGCCAUUCUGUCCAAGAGAGUUGAAGGCCCUGAAGAGUGAGCCUACUACAGACUUCCCUGAAAACAAGACUGAGUCUUGCCCCUUUUCACCUGGAGUAGCACUGCAAGACCAGCAUCCUGAGAGUCCUGUUCCCACCGAGCCACAGGGGAUUAAAGAAAAAGAGACACAGAUGAUACAGACUAUGAAGAAAGACUUGAGUAUACCAAGAAAUGGCGUCUUGAAUUGCUGGAUACCAAUCUCUGAGAUUUCCGGGGGUGAUCAGGAAGCUCCAGAUGUUUCCCUGCCUUCUGCAGUACCUGAACCCUCAGCCUCACACCAAAACCCCCUCAUCUUUCAGAACCCAAAACUAACUGGAUCUCAGGCCCUACUCUCUCCAUCUUCAGAGUGCCCCAAGACCAGGCAAAAAAGGAAUCAGAAAACUUCUGAGACUCCCUUGUCUGCAAAGCUGAAACCACUCCCCACAAAACCCAAAGUUAAGACUCGGGAGUCUUCUAGAAAGGCUCCCUCUCUAGUUUCUUCACUUGACCUUGAGUCCCACCUUAUCACUUCAACAGACCAGCCCAUUAGCUCUGAGCCCACAUCUUGUGUCACUAGAGGCAGGUCAUGCAGAUCUUCUGUUGAGACUCCAGAACUAAGCAUCCCUAUGGCCACUGAGCUCCAGCCUUCUGCUUCCACAGACCAGGCUGUCAUCCCCAGACUCACAUCUCAGGCCUCUAGGAGAAGGACACGUAGAUCCUCUCUUAAGACUCCAGAACCAGGUGAAUCUAUAGCUCCUGAGCUGCAGCUUUCCUUCGUUGAUGACCAACCUGUCGCUUCUAAGUCUACAUCUCACAUGAUCAGGACCCGUAGAUCCUCUGUCAAAACCCCUGAACCAGUUGUCCCCACAGCUCCUGAGCUCCAGCCUUCUACCUGUGAAGAGCAGCUUGUCUCCCCAAAAUCGACAUCCCGGGUUACUCGGAGAAAGGCUAAUAGGUCUUCUGUCAAGAUUCCUGAACCAGCUGUCCCCUCAGCCCCUGAACACCAGCUUUCCACCACCCCAGUUUCCCCUGAGCCCACAUUUCAUGCCACUCGAAGUAGGACACGAAGUUCUUCAGCCAAAACACCUGAACCAGCUCUCCCAGCCUCCAGACUUCAGCCUACUGUCCCCACAGAUGAACCUAUCCCAUUGGGGAUUAUUCAGGGCAGAACACAUAGAUCUAUUCAAAAUCCCAAACAAGCUGAUCCCCAAAUCCCUGAGCUUCAGCCUUCCACUUCCACAGAUCAACCUGAGCCCUCAUCUCGGACUACUCGAGGCAAGGCACGUAGGUCAUCUGUGCAGACCUCCCAAUCCUCUGAACCUACACUCUUUGAACUUAGCCCCACAAACCAGUCUCACAUCCCUGAGACCAAAGCUCAGCAUGGUCAGAGCAAGAUGCCGAGGUUGUCUUUAGUAAGUGCUGUGCCAAUGCCUGCCACCCCUAAAUCUCAGUUACCCAUCCUCACAGAACAACUUACCCUCCAGCCCAUCCCUCAAGCGUACUGCAGCAAGAAGCCAAAGGCCAGUAAGAAACAUGGGUCCCUCAUGGUUACUGAUGUCCGUGAAGUGUGCUCUGCAACUCCUGAGCCUAAUUCUCAGUCAUCAAGGAGCCAGAGACUAGCUAUGAGAGCAGCCAAGACCCUUCAAACCACACCUGAGUCUGUCAUUGCUCAGUGUCCUCAUUCACUUGCUCAUUCUUCUAAAAUCCAAAAAGAAGAGGCAACCUGUAGAUCUGGACAUACCCCACAGUCCCAACCUAAGAUCUCUCAAAGUCUAAAGAGGUCUUUUGUCACUGUGGAUUCACCCCCACUUCAAAAACGACUCAAAAGAGGGAAGAUUUCUCAGAAGACAACAUUCCUCAAGGAAAAGGAAGAAGAGACAACAGUGAACCCUGAAAACAAAAAGGAUGUUGUGAUGCCAGAAGCAGGCAAGAAGAGAGCACAGGCCAAGGAGGAGCCAGAGGGAAUAGCGAAACGAAGCCUCCGACACAACAAACCAAACCAAGAUUCCACAGCCCCUAAAGUGCUUUUCACAGGCGUGGUGGAUGAGCGAGGCAAGCAGAUACUGCUAGAUCUUGGGGGGAGCCUAGCCAAUUCAGUAGCAGAAGCUUCAUACCUGGUGACUGACCGAAUUCGACGAACGGUUAAGUUUUUGUGUGCCCUGGGACGGGGCAUUCCCAUCCUCUCCUUGGACUGGCUGUACAAGUCCUAUAAGGCUCGUCGCUUCCUACCCCCGGAUGAUUAUAUUGUGAUAGAUCCUGAACAUGAGAAGAAUUUUGCCUUCAGCCUUAAAGAAUCCCUGAAUCGGGCUCAAGAGCGGAAACUGUUGGAGGGUUAUGAGAUUCAUGUGACCCCUGGGGUUCAGCCACCACCAGCCCAGAUGGGAGAGAUCAUCAGCUGCUGUGGAGGCACUCUCCUAACUAGCAUGCCUCGGGUCUAUAAGCCUCAGAGAGUUGUGAUCACAUGCUCCCAGGACUUUCAUCGUUGCUCCAUUCCAUUUCGAGUUGGACUGCCCGUCCUUUCACCUGAAUUCCUACUCACAGGAGUGUUGAAACAGGAAGCCAAGCCAGAGGCCUUCAUUUUCUCUACUUUGGAAAGGUCAUCCACCUGAAGACCACAUUCCCCAGCAUCCUGCUUCCCAUUACCAAUAGAAAAUAUUUGGGAGGAAAAAAAACAAACAAACAAACAAAAUAUUUGGGAGAAAAUUUAGGAAUUCAGAGAGGAUUGAGGUAUACUAAUCUGAUAUGUCUGGGCACAUGGUAGUGUCAAAAAGGAUUAUGAGUUAACAAAGAUAAGGAUAUUUAAGGCCUUGGGUUUUCUUAAGUAACCAUUAAAAGUUGGCAGAUAUUAUGUUUGAGUAUCUUUAAUAUCUGCUCAGAUUUAGCUAAACCAAUGUCUUACUGCUUCAUGACACACGUUAUCUAAGCUGUCUUCCUGUUUGGUAGCUAUCUCUCUUUUUUCUUACUGUGAUUCUUU